CACGAGCAGGGGUAAAUUAGAAGCCACUUCACGCGAGGGACGACGCAAGGGUCCAAAGCGCUGAAUUCCGGUGCAUGUCGCCGAGUCUCCACGGAUAGCGGCAGCUAUCAGCCUGUGUUACUCUUGGACACCACCCCGUGUUUUCCCACCCCGUGUUAGCGUCUUGCCGUCCUCGCGACCACCAGCUGGGUCCGCUCGCCGCGCAUCACGGUCUAGCAUUCGCAAUAUGAGCGGCGAGCGCGGUUAUCUUCGCGGGCACACGCGCGAUAGCAGCGAGGGGGACGACUGCGCGCGGGAUGAUGCGCAGGUGCGGUCGGAGUUGACGGGCGUCUGCGCGCUCGGCACCGCGUGGCCCGCGCACGUUGUUGCAUGGCCGUCACCGCUGCCGUCACACCCGCCCUCGCAUGCGCCGCUAUACGCGCCGUCGCCGCAGCAGGCGCUGUUCAGCGGCCAUGCGCGCGCGCAGAUAGGUCCUAGCCAGGAGCGCCAACCACAUGCCAACCAAGGCGCGCCGAGCGGGGGGGGCAGCGAGGCGGAGAUAGCUCGCCACAGCCAACCCUCGCCGCCGCUGCUGGCCUUCCAGCCGCCCCUCACUUUCCGCGCCACCACCGCGCACCCCGUUCCCUACCCCGCGCCCGUUCCCCUUGUCCCCCCAGACAUGCGCUUCCCCUUGGUCCCCCGAGGCCCCUGCUCCCCUUCCCCCUACGCGCUGCAGCACGCCGUCCGCUCUCCUUGCGGCCUCAUGGGCUUCCGCCCCCCCACUGUUGGCCCCGCCCCUACCCUCAUGUCCUCCCCCUUCCUCCCCGCGACCUCCGCCUCUCCCGCGGCCAGCCCCCCCUAUGCGCGCCCGUCUUCCCCUCCGCCAGGCGCGGCAGCAGCAGCGUGUGCAGGCACGGGGCCAGCAGCAAAGGGGGUGGCUGGUGUGCGAGCAGCGAGGAAGACAGCAGCAGCAGCAGCAGCAGUGCCUAAUGACGGCCGCCACUGCUCACCCCACGUGUCUCCGGAGGGGCGUGGCGAUGCCGCGGCUGCCUCGGCUGUUGCUACGAAUAACCAGGAGCCAUGCGCCGGUGCUGCUGCUGGUGUCAGUGGUGCUGCUGCUGGUGUCAGUGGUGCUGCUGCUGGUGUCAGUGGUGCUGUGGAUGGUGCGGGAAGCGCUUCCAGGGGUCAGCACCUGCAGGGGCGGAGGCAGAGGGGGAGGGAGGGGAGGCGGUGGGGGAGAAUAGAUGGGGGGCAGGGCGGGGCAGGGGACGUUUCAGGAGGGCAGCAGGGGGGAGGGGAGCAAGCGGGGGUGCAGGGAGAAAGAGGGCAGAGGAAGCGGGAGUGCGUGUAUGGGGGCAGGGGGGCGGGCGGCAGCGGCAGCACGAGCAGUGCGUGCAGCAGCGGGGGCACGCCGGGGAGUGGGUCGUCGGGGGCGCGGCAGAGGGAGAGGGCGGGGGGGCGCAAGAAGGCGGGCAGUGAGGAGGAGCAGCGGCAGCGGCAGGCGGAGAAGAAGAAGCGGCGCCUGGAGAAGGCACUGGCCACCGCCGUGGCGCUGAGGAGCGAGCUGCUGGAGAAGCGCAAGCAGCGCCGCCGCGAGCAGGAGCAGUGGCUCGACCGCGCGGGGCAGGCGCUGGCUGAGGCAGUGGCGUUGCGUGUGCUGGUGGAGGAGGGCGAGGAGGGGGAGGAGGAGGGGGAGGAGGAGGGGAAGGAUGGGGGGGAACGGGGAGAGGAGGAGGAGAAGACGGGAAAAGAGGGGGCGGUGGAGGGGGAGGAGGAAGAGGAGGAGGAGGAGGUGGGGGAAGGGGAGGGCGAGGAGGAAUCAGAGAGAAGCAGCAGUGCGAGUGGCAGCAGCAGUGGCGGGGGAGGCGGGAGAAGGAGGGAAGCAGGAGGGAGUGCGGGCGCUAGUGAGGGGGGUGUGGGCAGUGUGGUAGCAUCAGCAGCAUCAGGCGGGGGCGGCGGUGGGAGGGCAGAGGAGGAAGAGGAGGAGGGGGGGGACAAUAGCAGUGUGAGCGUGCAGGGGCGCGGAGGGCGAGCAAGAGGCGUGGGAAGCAGAAGGAGGGAUGCGGGCGAUGGCUGUGCGCCACUGGCGUGGGGCAGCAUGUGCCUGCGCGAGGGACGGGCGCAUCACAAGGGGGCGGUGGAGAGCGAGAGGGGAGGAGCGGGAGGUGGAGAGGGGGAGGCGUCGGAGUCGUCUCGCAACUCUGUGCACUGGCAGAGGGGCGGGCAGGCGUGCUGGGGGCAGGGUAGGGCGCAGUGGGCGGGGGGCAGCACACAGCAUGUGGGUGACAAGGCGCAGAGGGGAAACAGGGCGCAGAGGGCGGCGGACAGGGGGUUGUCUCACGCUGCUGCUCCUGUGGGCGCGGGCAGUGCGACUGGUAAAAAGGGGGAUGCGAAGUGGAGGGAGGGGGGGGGAGGGAGGGAGAGUAGGAGGGUUGAAGAGGAGGAGGUGGAGGGGAGGCUGAGGGGCGCUCUGUGCUUGGACGAGUCCCCUGUGAGCGGCUCCCACUCACUUGCUGUCAGGUCUGCUGAAGCCUCCACUGCAGUGGGCACUGGGGAAGCAGCAGCAUCACCAGCAGCAGCAUCACCAGCAGCAGCGGCUGAUGUGAGGGCGGGGAGGUGGGGAGGGAGUGGAGGGGUUGUGGGGUCAGGCAAGUCAGGCAAGUCAGGCAAGUCAGGCAAGUCCAACAAGUCAGCAGCAGGCACAGUAGGGUCAGUGGGGACAGCAGGGACAGCAACUUCAGCAAAAUUAGUGGGAUUAGCGGCGCCAAGAGCAGAGGAGGAGCAAGAAGGGGAGGAGAGCAGCAAGGGGUGUGGAGGUGGUGCAGUGCGGUCAGAGGAGGCAGCAGUGGGUGGUGGGGGAGCGCAUGAGUCAAGCCAUGGCGAUGCGGCCGAUGCUCUCAUCAGCCGCCUCCUCCUCCACCAUCCCACCCCCUCCCCCUCUCCCCACUGCCCGCCUUCUCUCCCCACCACGCACAGCCACCCCCCUCCUACUGCGCCCGCUCCUCCACCAUUCACUUUCUUCAGGGGCUUGCAGCUGUCGGAGUUGCAUGCGGCUGUCAACAGCAUCUCCGCCGAGCCUGCAGGCCCGGCAGCAGGCUCUCCAGCGUGCUUAGCUGCAGGAAUUGGGGGGUGGAGUCUCAGCGACCGAUCGUCCCAAGGGGACGGGUCGUGCCAAGGAGCAAGGGUGGGUGAGAGCGUGUGGGAGGCGCCCGGAAGGGCUGGUGCAGGGCCUGAAGGGGGGCGCAUGGCGGGCGGCUUGGGGAUGGCCUCUGGGCUGCUCGAUCGGGACAGGCUGGCGGCAGGAGGCAGCAGGGAGAAGGGCGAGCAGGAGCAGAGUGCGAGUAGGAUAUGGCCAAGUGGUGGGGGGGAACGGGGACAGGGAGCAGGCGGGGGCUGUUUGAGCUUUAGGAAUGCUGGAAGGUGGGUGGAGGCGAACAGGGGGAGUGAAAUGAGGGCGCUUGACUUGAGGGCGGGGGAGAGGGAGGUGGCAGAGGGGAUGGCAGCAGUGCAGGCAGUGGCGGCAAUGCGCAUAGCGGAGGAGGCCCGCACAGAGGCACAGGCCGCCAGGCGAGCAGCACAGGAGGUCAUGGGGCAAGCGCAGGCUCAGGACAGGCAGCAUACUGCGGAGGGAAGAGAUGAGAGUGAGGCGAUGGUGGUGGAGGGGGGGCCGUGCGAGCUGAGGGCGAAGCUGCAGGAGACGGAGAGGCAGCUGCAGGAGAAGACUGCCAGGGUGUCAGAGCUGGAGAGAAGCCUCGAGGAGAUGACCCACUAUCUGCGCAACCUCAAGGCCAUCCUGCCCACUGUGCCUCUCGCUGCCGCUCCCUCGCCACCUGCCUUGGCCCCGUCGCUUGCUGCCAUGCGCGGAGGGGCAGCAGGAGCAGGCGUGCAGGAGAGUGACGCACAGGGGCGGGGUGUGGGGGCACCACAAGGCAGUGGGGGGGAGGGAAGCUGUGGCAGCACUCGCAGUAGGUGGUAGUGGUGAUGGCUCCACCUCAUGCAUGUCUUACGCACUUGGUACCAGGACUAUCACGUGAAAGCGUCGUGCAUGAUGGUCAAGCUGAUGUGAAGGU